GCAUGCGCACAAAGCCCGUGCAGGACGCGAAAAAAAGACGACUGACGAUGGCUCGAAGUACUGAGUCUGUUUUGGAGAGUUUGCAGUCCACCAGGGUCCCUAUCAACGGAAGACAGUGAGACACGCAAUCUAAGAUACUCUCUGUAGCAAAAACUGCGGCCAUUGGACGUCCGUCUUUCUCAGAUCUCUAUGGUCUCGGCUGCUGGACUGGCUUCCCUCCUGGAAACCAACCUCGGAAACCCUUCUGGAGCAAGCAGAGGCGGACGUCCUGAAAUCUGUUAGCUCUCCUCACACUGAUCUAUACGUCCCAAUCCACAAAGAAGCAGUCAUCCGGACAUUCGAGGUUGAGCCAACACAGCCAAUUCCAGGGGCGUACCCCCUCGUAAUGAUCCACGGAUUUGGCGCCGGUUUCCUCCAGUUCUACAAGAACCUGGACCACCUCCAUUCUCAGCGGAGGUUGCUGGCACUCGACGUCCCCGGUUUCGGUCGCAGCACCCGAGUUUCGUUUUCCUCUGACCCAGCAGCUGUGGAGAACGAGAUGGUCGCUCAUCUCGAGACCUGGCGCAGGGUGCUGGGUCUGGAGAAGUUUAUUCUGCUGGGGCACAGUCUCGGGGCCUUCCUGGCCUGCUCCUACUGCCUCAGACACCCCGAGAGAGUGCAACACCUCAUCCUGGUGGACCCCUGGGGUAUUUCUCCCCCACUGAGCGAAGAGGAGAUGAAGAAAAAGUUCCCGUUUCUUGCCAAGAGGUUCUGGCAAAUGGUGGGACGGUUGAAGCCGUUUGAUCCAGUCAGAAUGGCUGGACCAUGGGGGAGUGAUGUCAUCCAGAGAACGAGACCAGAUUUGUCCAGAAACUUUGGAGAUAGUUUCAUGAACUAUGUCUACCACUGCAACGUUCAGAGACCAACGGGCGAGGAGGCAUUCUACCACAUGCAGUACAUGUAUGGAUGGGCCAAGCGACCGAUGCUGCCUCGUUUAGCCCAGACACUGGAUCCUCGUGUCCCCCUAACACUCAUCCUGGGUCAAAGGUCGUGGAUGAAAGCCGUGAGCGACGGACGAUGUGUGGGAGAGGCUAUUAGUGAACUUCGACCCCAGUCGUAUGUGGCGGUUCACCGUGUGUCUGGAGCAGGUCACCACGUUCAUGCGGACCAACCGGGAGUCUUCAAUGACCUGGUGAACAAGACGUGUUCUCUGGCAGACAGCGGAGGAGACGUGGAGCCAGAGACAGUCUCCGGGACAGAGACUCCAGAGUGGGACCCUGCUCGCCCCACCAGCCAUGCAGACUUAGAGUAGAACAGUUCAUGAAGCCAGUCACCAGUUCGUGGCAUAUUAUUACUGUCACUUCUAAGUUUUUCAUGGGAAUCGGCAG